AUCUACCUACUUCAGAAUAGGCACUGCAUUUGCGACACACCACACACGUGUUGACACCACACAUCUCCCAAUAAUACAUACCUAGCAGCAGAAACGGAGCUGGACUGCCGGGAUCGGGCGGUCGCAAAGCGCGAGCGGUACGUGUAGGGAGCAGUCAGAAACACGCGUGCGCUGUGAGAGCCUGAGCGCUCUCAUGUGAAACAUGCAACGAGCUGAUGGUGGAGCUGGAGCUGCCAAACCACCACCCAAGCAGUCGCAAGCACAGCAACAACAGCAGCCCAAAGCUUUGCGCUUCGUCACAAACUACGGAGCUCCACACCCGAAACGCCGGCGCAUUGGCGCAGCGUGCUUGACAUGUCGCAAACGCAAGACUGCCUGCUCCGGCGAACGACCGUUCUGCGAGACCUGUAAACAGAACAAGCUCGAAUGCCGUGGCUACACAGAAACAGCCGCGCCAACACCAACCCGAAAGACGACCGAUGCCACCCAGCGCCCACCACCCGCACAGCCUCCGCAAAAUGUCGACCCCGCGAAGAGCAGUCCCCUGUCUCCAGAGAAUGCGCCUUCCAGAACACAGUCAGGAGGCACUGAUCUGACGAGAGUCCCCUCGGCCGGCCAGUCGCCGCGAAGCUACACCGAACGUCGACCUGCCUCUCCAGAUGCCUCACGAAAUGGCGAACCACGUGAAUCGCUGUUCUCAGGCCCCAGGAAUCGCAUGCCUUAUUUCAGAUGGCUAGGUCCCACGGCUAUAAUGCCUGGUUUCAAGCAGAUGGUGGUCAAGUCUGACGUCCGAACGCCUCUCACUCUGCCGUUCUACGAUACCUCCGCCGUGCCCCCCAGCGAGCUGAUAACCCACCUUGCAAACACCUUCUUCACACAUCUUGGAUGCAAUUACCCAUUCUUGCAAAGGGAGCGCUUUCUGCGAGACCUAGAGGAGAAACAGGUCGAUCCCGUCUUGGUCGAUGCAGUCUGUGCUCUUGCUGCUCGCUUUUCAACACAUUCCUUGCUCACCCACCCUGCUGGCCAUGACGGGGAGAAGUCGACUCCAGCCGAAUACGGUCACGCGUUCGCACAGCGCGCAAAGACAGCAUUGACAGAUACCUUCCCCUGUCCCACGGUGGCAGCAGCGCAGGCCGCCUUGCUUCUGGCCUAUAAUGAAUUCGGAGAGCAGCGAGACAGUGGCUUGUGGAUGUACCUGGGAAUCUCCAUUCGAAUGGCACAGGACCUUGGUUUGCAUAAGACAGAAGGCUUGAGAUACAUGGGAAAGGACGGUCCCACGCCGAAAAUGGUUAAACAGCAACAACGCGACGCAGCACGAUCAGGACUUCCGUAUAAAGAAAGCAGUCUAAGCAGAGAAGAGGGCAAGAAAGCAAACGCAGAAAAGGAAGAGACCCCGGAAGAGGAGAAAGACGCAGAAGAGACCAAGCAGGUUGAGCGUGAGCGUGUCGACACAUUCUGGGCCAUAUUCUUUCUUGAUCGUGUGGUCUCUUCUGGCACUGGUCGAAGAAGUACACUACGCGACAAGGACAUCGAGCUCUCGUUUCCUUGCAUGGAGCAGCCCAACAACAAGUCCGAGUACCCGCCGCCAUUCCCGGCAUUGAUCAGGAUUGUGCAUCUAUAUGGAAGAGUCGCCGAUCUCCUCAACAGCUUGAAGGAAGCAACAGACAUUACAGCAGACACACCAAAGCGACUAGCAGCCAUGGAGAGCCAAGUCACCCACUUCUAUCAAGGGCUCUCUUUAAAACUGCAUUUCGACGCAGUCAAUUUUCAACAUUACAUGAAAGCUGGAGAAGGCACCAAUUUUGUUUUGCUCCAUUUCUGGUUCCACACUCUGAUUGUGCUGUUGCACCAGCCGACUCUCCUCAUGACAUUUUCUGGACGUAUGCUCAAGCUGUUUCCAAACUCGCAACAGUUGAGCAUGAGCAGUGCGAAGACCAUUGCAGAUAUACUCAGCUACUCACACCUCAUGGACGCCAAAGCUUCUCUUGGAAAUCCCUUUACCUCGCAACCAAUCUACAUCGCCGCCUGUGCCUUCUUGAGGGAGACGGCCGAGCAGACAGCCACCAGUAAUGCCCAAAGUCGCGCGACUAGUCCACGCAGAGGUUCGAGCCGAGAUGCAACCUCGACGUCAGACCAUACAUCAUCAUCGAAUGGCACACCGCUCGAUGUCGCUUGUCGCAAGCUUGCCAAGCACACUUUGUUGGCGACUGCCGCAAAUCAACACUACCAGCUUUGCUACAAAGCUUUGCAGUCUCUUGAGACCUACUGGGCUGGAGCCAAGUACAUAUUGACCAUCCUCGAUCAGAAGUUCGAGGGCGUUGGUGACCCACUUCUCUACACCGCUGAGGAAGCGGAGAGCUCCUUGGAGCAGCCCCGGCCGGAACCAGCGUUCACAUCGCCUGGCUGGAGACGCAAGCUGAGCUGGGGACCAUACAUCACAAAUCCAGCCCUUCAGUCGCCAUUUUGGCCUCCGAAGGGCUUCGGUAAGGUGCCUGGCAGCCCUGGUCUCGGCGAUCCUAGCAAAGGUGAGCAUAUCGAAUCGACAUUGGCAUGGUCCUGGUACUAA